GCAGCCUGGGUUCAGUGAAGACUGAAGAGUAGCGGGUUAGAAACCGAGAGUUGAAAAAUAAAAUUUGGAAAUUGGGAGGGAAGCAGCGUCGCGCGUAGCGAGCGAAGAGGGAGGUGGUGUUGGAGGUUGGGCAUGGCGAACCUGUCGAGCCUCGUCCACGAGCUUCGUGAGCGCAUCGCAGCUUCCUCCUCGACUCCUCCCAACAACGGAGACGACGUCGUUUUGGAGACCAGAUUUCGCGCCGUUCUUCCUAAUCUCCUUCACACUUAUGUCGUCCCGUCUUCUUCAGAAAACGAGAGGGAAGUCAUAGCUGUACUGAAACUCCUCUCUCACACCACAAAAAACUUCCCUGGAGUAUUCUACCAUGGGAAGGCCGGCGCAGUUUUACCAAUUAUUGGUCGAAUUUUGCCCUUCUUUGCAGAGCCUGCAUUCCGAUCUCGGCAUGGGGUGAUUUUUGAAACAGUUGGAUCCCUUUUGUCCUUGCUCCGUACUGGAGAACGUGAUGCAUACCGUCAGUUUUUCAUAGAUGCCAUGCUAGUGGUUGAAGAUAUUCUUUACGUAGCAAUGCACCAUGCUGACAAAGCAAGCAUCACAGAAUCCACUAGAGUGUUAAUAAAGUGUUUUUGUGAGUCGUUUACUGGGAUAUCUGGUGAUCCAGCGCUUCUCAGUGAUCUCCCUACCAGUAGCAAACCGAUUGAUGGCUUUGGUAUUAUGAUUAACCUCACUGACAAGAGCCGGUGGCAGCCUUUUGCAACUUGGAUUAUUAAGCUUAUGAAUAAAUGUUUAACUGAAGGAACUCUGUAUGUGGAAGGGCUUGUAAAUUCACCUUUUGUUUCCUCUGCAUGUACUUUUUUAUGUUAUGGAGAUGCUGAUCUUCAAAUGGCAUGCUUUGACUUUGCACGUGUCCUGGGGGCAUUAAUAAAUUAUGACAUUGUUCCUCAUCAAAAUCUAAUUCAGUCGAUAUCUUUCAUAUUGGAUGAGGCUGGGGAUGGACUUCCAGUGUUCAGAAAUGUGGCUUAUGAUUCCUCCAUGGGUGGUUGCCUUCAUGUGUUGCACUCUACUUGUUCAGACGAUGUUGUUAAAUUAACAGCUGCAGAUUUAAUUAAUGUUUUCCCUCGGUCAAUUUUGAAUACCAAAAGCGCUGAACUUAAGGUUGCAUUGUGCAAUGCAUACAUACGGAUUGCUAAAACAUGUCCUCCUCAUAUCUGGAAACCAGAAUCUCUUAUUUAUACACUUCUUUCCUCAGAACCCUGCCUGCCAUUGAUAGAUUGCUUUCAAGUAGCUCUAUCUAUACUUGGUCCUGAUUGUGUUGGAGCAAAAACAAGUGACACGAGUAUGGUUUCAUCAACCUCAAGUGAUAAAAGAAUUGAGAACUUGAGAGUUGGAGGGAAGCGGCCUAUUCAGGACCAGGACACUUGCAAGAGUAAGCGCCAAAAGCUUGAAGAAGAAAGUAUGGCUUCCAAUGCUGAAGUUCAUGUAUCAUGCAAGCUAUCUCAUAUUGUUACUUGUGAAAGAGAACAAGAACAUGCAAACUACAUGCACACCUCACUUCUCUCAUUUGUUGAACUUCUGAAACCCACUGUGGUCAAAGAUACACCAUUUAGACCAGAAGUUUCUUUAACUGCUCUUAGCAUGCUUUGCAUUGUCUUCUCUAAAUAUCCACAGACCAAUUUGUCCCUUUUCAUUACUCAACAGAUAUAUGCAUGGAUCCCUUGGAUAUGUGAGCAGGUAAAACAAGGCUGUUCAAUCGCACUUGAUUUAUCCAUCUAUCUGGAAGCAGUUCACUGUGUAUUGCUUUUGCAAAGUCCUCUAUCCAUGGAGAAUACUUUUUUCAGAAAUAAUGGCGAUGGUGCAGAUUUUGUGAAUAUAGUGCUAAAGCUUCCAUUUACCCAUUCUUUUGUGCUCAGUGAGUCUAAUCCUCCCUGGAGAACGAAAUGUCUCUCUGUCCAAGUUCAGUCCAAGAUUGGUCCUAGCUUAAAAACUGAAAGCAUUCUUGAAGUCUUGGAUUUGGGUCUCCAUGAUGAAGCUGAUGAGGUUAGAAUUGAAGCUGUCAUUUCUAUGCCGGUGAUUGUCUUGUGGUCUGGUCUUGAUGUGCUAAGACAUGUCUUCAGAAGGCUGGAUUUUUUGGAGAAUGAGAAGCAUGAGAAGGUUAAGAAGAUUAUUCCCUUUUCUCUUGGUUUUUUGGCAUGUCUUUAUGGACUUUGCAAUGUUGUUGCUGGUCUGGAUGAAACUGCAUGCAAAUUGUUCUUCAAAAGUGAAAAUGAGAAAUGGAGUCAGUUUGUGGAACAUGUAUUGGAAGGAUUUUGGUGUCCAAAGUGUGAUGGUAGAAUAGCAAACGAUCAUGAGUUGCGUUCUAAAAUUCUACAUCUGCCUGAUAUACAGACAGUAGAGAUUGGUCUGGAUCAUGACUAUAUCCAUCUACAGUCCAUAUUUUUCAAUCUUCUUUAUGAUGAGUCAUCAGAAGAGGUUCAAGUUGCAUGUGUGGGAGUAAUUCGAAGAAUCCUCUUACAUGGGGUUCCGGAUAUUGUGCUUAAAACAAAAUCUGAAUGGGUAAAAUGUGUCGAAAAUCUGCUCCUUCACAAAAAGAAGGCUGUAAGAGAAGCAUUCUGCAUGCAGAUUAGUUUCUUCCUUGAGGAUUCUGUUUUGAGUUGUUUAUUUCUGGAUGGGGAGGCAUCAGAUAAAACUAAAGAACAGAAGUUUUUAGACAAAAUAAAGCAUGCUUUGGCAGCAGCUGAAGAUCCUCAGGUCUUUGAGACACUUUUGGAAUCUACUGCAGAAAUUAUGAUUGCUGUUGAUAUUCAGAGUCAAAUUUUCUUGUUCUCUCUUAUAUUGUUGGUUGAUCAGCUUGAUAAUCCCCAUUUGACAGUGAGAAUGACUGCAUCAAGGUUAAUACACAGAUCUUGCUUCUUCCAUCUUAAAGGAGGUUUUGAACUAAUCCUUUCAAAAGUUGUUCAUAUUCGGAAUGAACUCUAUGAUUAUUUAUCCACGAGGGUUGCAAGCCGUCCAAAAAUGGUCCAAGAGUUUGCAGAGUCUGUUAUUGGUGUUGAGACUGAAGACCUUGUCAAGAAAAUGGUUCCUGUUGUUCUUCCAAAGCUUGUUGUCACUCAGCAGGAUGAUAAUCUAGCAGUUGUCACCUUACAAGAGUUGGCUAAGUGUUUGGACACAGAUAUGGUGCCACUGAUAGUUAAUUGGCUUCCAAAAGUGCUUGCUUUUGCUCUUCAUCGAGCUGAUGGUCAAGAAUUAUUCUCUGCUUUGCAGUUUUAUCAUGUGCAUACUGGUUCUAAUAACCAGGAGAUCUUUGCUGCUGCAUUGCCUGCACUGUUGGACGAACUUGUGUGCUUUUUGGAUGUUGGUGAUUUGGAUGAAAUAAGCAAAAGGUUAGCAAGAGUACCACAGAUGAUAAAAGAAGUUGCAAAAGUUCUGACUGGCAGUGAAGAUCUUCCAGGCUUCUUGAGGAAUCAUUUUGUUGGUCUCCUUAAUAGUAUUGAUAGAAAAAUGCUCCAUGCUGAGGAUCUAGCACUACAGAAACAAGCCUUGAAACGUAUUGAGAUGCUAAUUAAAUUAAUGGGUUCUCAUCUUAGCACUUAUGUGCCAAAACUUAUGGUUCUUCUCAUGCAUGCGAUUGAUAAAGAAUCGCUCCAGUCUGAGGGUCUCUCAGUUUUGCACUUCUUCAUUGGGCAGUUGGCAAAGGUAUCGCCAUCUAGCACUAAACAUGUAAUUUCUCAAGUUUUUGCUGCUCUUAUCCCCUUCCUGGAGAGAGAGAAAGAAAAUCUUUCCAUUCAUUUGAAUAAAGUAGUGGAAAUUCUAGAAGAACUUGUGUUUGAGAACAAGGCUAUCCUAAAGCAGCAUAUCCGCGAGUUUCCUCCAUUGCCCAGCAUUCCUGCUUUAAUGAAAGUGAAUGAAGUUAUACAAGAUGCACGUGGGUCAAUGAAUUUGAAGGAUCAAUUGCUAGAUAUUGUGGAUGGUUUAGAUCACGAGAACUUAAAUGUGAGGUAUAUGGUGGCAUGUGAGCUGAGCAAACUUCUGAACCUAAGAAGGGAUGACAUCACAGCUUUGAUCACUGGGGAAGCAGGUUCACAUAUGGAUGUCCUGAGCUCUUUGAUUACAUCCCUACUUAGAGGAUGUGCAGAAGAAUCAAGGACUGUAGUGGGUCAGCGGCUUAAGUUGAUAUGUGCCGAUUGCCUUGGAGCACUAGGAGCAGUUGACCCUGCCAAAGUAAAGGGUAUUUCAUGCCAGCGCUUCAAAAUUGAAUGCUCAGAUGAUGAUCUUAUCUUUGAGUUGAUCCACAAGCAUCUGGCCAGGGCUUUUAGAGCUGCACCUGAUACCAUUGUCCAAGAUUCAGCUGCAUUGGCAAUACAGGAGCUGCUAAAGAUUGCAGGUUGUGAGGCAUCACUUGAUGAGAACAUGGCACUUUCUACACUGCAAACACUGAAAGAUAAAGAACCUUUAAAAGUCUCUAUUUCUGGGGUUAAGAGCAUAGAUUGUUGUGAUGAGAUGAGUAGGAGGGGUCAGAGGUUAUGGGACCGAUUCUCUAAUUAUGUUAAAGAGAUAAUAGCUCCUUGCUUAACCUCUAGAUUUCAACUUCCAAAUGUAGUUGAUUCUGCAUCUGCUGGCCCAAUUUACCGCCCUUCUAUGUCUUUCAGAAGAUGGAUAUUCUUUUGGAUCAGGAAACUGACUGUGCUUGCAACUGGUUCUCGUGCGAGUAUUUUCAAUUCCUGUCGAGGUAUAGUGCGCCAUGAUAUGCAAACAGCAAUAUAUCUGCUGCCCUAUUUAGUCCUGAAUGCUGUCUGUCAUGGCAGCAAGGAAGCACGCUAUGGAAUAACAGCAGAGAUCCUAUCUGUUCUUGAUGCAGCAGCAUCAGAUAAUAGUGGGGCUGCAGAUCAUGAAAGUGGUGGGCAAAGUGAAGUGUGCAUUCAAGCUGUGUUCACUCUUCUUGAUAACCUUGGGCAGUGGGUGGAUGAUGUAGAACAAGAUAUCGCUCUUUCUCAAUCUUUUCAAUCAGCUGUUUCUAGGCAACAAUCAUCCAAGUUAAAGGAUCAAAAUCCCAAUCCAACAGAUUCAGACCUCCUCCUAAUACAGUGUAAAUAUGUUUCAGAGCUUUUGGCUGCAAUUCCAAAGGUGACCCUAGCCAAGGCCUCCUUCAGAUGCCAGGCUUAUGCUAGGUCAUUGAUGUACUUUGAAUCUCAUGUGCGGGGAAAGUCAGGAUCUUUCAAUCCUGCAGCUGAGAAGGGUGGCUUCUUCGAGGAUGAAGAUAUCUCAUUUCUAAUGGAAAUAUACAGUGGUUUGGAUGAGCCUGAUGGUCUAUCUGGCCUAGCAUGUUUACGCACAUCAUUAAGUUUGCAAGACCAGCUUUUAAUCAACAAGAAAGCAGGAAACUGGGCUGAAGUUUUAACUUCUUCUGAGCAGGCUUUGCAGAUGGAGCCCACCUCGGUGCAGAGGCAUUCAGAUGUUCUUAAUUGUUUACUGAACAUGUGCCACCUCCAGGCUAUGGUUAUUCACGUGGAUGGUUUAAUAUCUAGAAUUCCUAAAUACAAGAAAACUUGGUGCAUGCAAGGUGUUCAGGCAGCAUGGAGGCUUAGCAGGUGGGAGUUGAUGGAUGAGUACCUUGAUGGGGCUGACAAGGAAGGUUUACUUUGCAGCAGCUCCGAGAGUAAUGCUUCCUUUGACAUGGAUGUUGUGAAAAUUCUCCAGGCCAUGAUGAAGAAAGACCAGUUCUCAGUUGCUGAGAAAAUUGCUCUGUCCAAACAAGCUCUGAUUGCUCCUCUAGCUGCUGCUGGUAUGGAUUCUUAUACACGGGCUUACCCAUUUGUUGUAAAGCUCCACAUGCUAAGGGAGCUGGAGGACUUCCAUCAACUCCUUGUUGACGAGUCUUUUUUGGAGAAAUCAUUCGAUUUGGCUGAUCUGAGAUUUACAAAAAUGAUGGAAAACUGGGGAAAUCGGCUCAGAUUUACACAGCCAUCCCUUUGGGCAAGAGAGCCACUUCUGGCUUUACGAAGAUUGGUUCUUGGUGCAAGCGGUCUUGGUGCUCAAGUUGGUGACUGCUGGCUUCAAUAUGCAAAGCUCUGUCGCUCAGCUGGUCAUUAUGAGACAGCUAACCGAGCAAUUCUGGAAGCUCAGGCUUCAGGUUCACCGAAUGUUCACAUGGAAAAAGCUAAGCUUCUUUGGAGCACUAGGCGAUCUGAUGGUGCCAUUGCGGAGCUGCAACAGUCUCUCCUGAACAUGCCUGUAGAGAUCGUAGGUUCUGCCGCAAUAUCAUCAAUUACCAGCCGCUCACUGGUUCCAGCUAACCCUCCACCUUUACUUUGUGAUACACAAACAUCAAAUGAGAAUAGAGAUAUUGCAAAGACCCUCCUCCUAUAUUCUAGGUGGAUCCAUUACACUGGACAGAAGCAGAAGGAAGAUGUGAUGAGUCUUUAUUCUAGGGUGAGAGAACUGCAACCCAGAUGGGAGAAAGGAUACUUCUAUAUGGCCAAGUAUUGUGAUGAAGUACUUGUUGAUGCCAGGAAACGGCAGGAAGAGAAUUUUGAACCGUGCCCCAGGAUAAUACCUUCAAAAUCUGCCAUUGUUGCUUCUACAAAUUUAAAUUCUGAGAAGCAUUGGUGGUCUUACCUUCCUGAUGUGCUGUUGUUUUAUGCUAAGGGGCUUCAUAGAGGCCACAAGAAUCUCUUUCAAGCACUUCCCAGGUUGUUGACCCUGUGGUUUGACUUUGGAAGUGUUUAUCAAAGAAGUGGAUCAUCAUCGAAUAAAGAAUGGAAAAAUAUCCAUGGAAAGGUAAUGGGUAUUAUGCGAGGCUGUUUGAAGGAUUUGCCUACAUAUCAGUGGUUAACAGUUUUGCCUCAGUUGGUUUCUAGAAUUUGCCACCAGAAUGAAGAAAUUGUUCGUCUAGUCAAACUCAUCAUCACCUCUGUUCUCCGUCAAUAUCCACAGCAAGCCCUUUGGAUUAUGGCUGCAGUUUCAAAAUCCACAGUACCUUCAAGGCGGGAGGCAGCUGCAGAGAUCAUACAAGCUGCACGAAAAGGGUCCAGCUCAGGAAACAGCGGCAACAAUUUGUUUGUUCAGUUUGCUACUCUGAUCGAUCAUCUAAUCAGGUUGUGCUUCCAUUCAGGCCAGCCAAAGGCAAGGACAAUCAAUCUCUCAACCGAAUUUAGUGCCUUGAAGAGGAUGAUGCCACUGGGAAUUAUAAUGCCAAUCCAACAAUCUCUUACUGUCACUCUACCAGCAUAUGAAAUGAAUCAUGGUGACUCACUUAUCUCUGAUAUCUUCACCUCAGAUCUCCCUACAAUAUCUGGAAUAGCUGAUGAGGCUGAGAUCCUCUCUUCUCUUCAGCGACCGAAGAAAAUCGUUUUGUUAGGUAGUGAUGGUGUCCAAUGUCCAUUCCUUUGCAAACCUAAGGAUGAUCUGAGGAAGGAUGCUCGAAUGAUGGAAUUCACUGCAAUGAUAAACCGUUUAUUAUCCAAAUAUCCUGAAAGUCGUCGGAGAAAGCUUUAUAUCCGCACCUUUGCAGUUAUUCCACUAACUGAGGACUGUGGAAUGGUAGAAUGGGUACCCCACACUCGUGGUCUCCGUCAUAUACUUCAAGAUAUUUAUAUUUCCUGCGGGAAAUUUGAUAGGCAAAAGACUAAUCCUCAAAUUAAGCGGAUUUAUGAUCAAUGCCAAGGUAAAAUGUUGGAAGAUGAGAUGCUGAAGAACAAAAUCCUUCCAAUGUUCCCUCCUGUUUUCCACAAAUGGUUCUUGAACAACUUCUCUGAGCCAGCUGCCUGGUUCAGGGCUCGGCUUGCUUAUUCACACACUACAGCAGUCUGGUCCAUGGUUGGGCAUAUUGUGGGCCUGGGUGACCGGCAUGGUGAAAAUAUUCUCUUUGAUUCUACCACAGGAGACUGUGUUCAUGUUGAUUUCAGUUGCUUAUUUGACAAAGGCUUGCAGCUGGAGAAGCCAGAGCUGGUGCCUUUUAGGCUAACCCAGAACAUGAUUGAUGGUUUGGGAAUUACUGGAUAUGAAGGCAUUUUUCUGAGGGUCUCUGAAAUAACACUUUCAGUACUGAGGACACAUAGGGAGACUUUAGUGAGCAUUCUUGAAACGUUCAUCCAUGAUCCUCUUGUGGAGUGGACAAAAUCUCAUAAAUCCAGUGGGGUUGAAGUUCAGAACCCCCAUGCACAGAGAGCCAUCAGUAAUAUAGAGGCCAGAUUGCAAGGAAUUGUUGUUGGGGUUGGAGCAGCACCAUCAUUGCCUCUAGCUGUAGAAGGUCAGGCUCGUCGCUUGAUUGCAGAAGCAGUCUCACACAAAAAUCUUGGGAAGAUGUAUAUAUGGUGGAUGCCUUGGUUCUAAAAGCUGAUGUGGAUAGAGAGGAAAGAAAACAGACAAGGAAUAGAAGACAGAAGGAGCUAAACCAAGGAAAUGCAUUCAGAUAAUGGGGCCAUUAGCUUCAUGCUAUAUGACGCAUGAAAGAUGAGGUUGUACUAGCAUCAUCAGCAUAAUUUUUAUCUGGCUUCUUUACCUAUGGAAUCACUACCAUGCAUUGAGUCCUCCUUGCUGUUUCUAUACUUGGAAACACCUGCAAGGCAAUAUUUGAAGCUAUCAUCUUUCUACCUGGAUGCAGCUGUUUGACAUGGAUGUCCAACUGAUAGUGGGUUGACGUCCUCUAGUUGUGCUAAAGGAUGUCAAGGAACUGAAACAAGUUGAGGAUGGCAACAUAUGGAGAAUGAACCUACAGCACAAGGGAGAGAGGUAUACGAGAACCUUUUUGUUUGGAGACAUGGUCGAAGGGAGCUCAACAUUGUACACUGCAUGUUUCCCCUUGACAUCAAUUUUUGAACCAUGCUUGGCAAAGCAUCCACCUGGCUUCCCCUAAUUGAAUAGUCCAGACCAAGAUCUUGGAUCAAAUCUAUUCUUGUCAUGGGAAAGAAAAUUGCACCAAAAUGCAAAACCCAUUCUUGCUCUUCUCAUUUCUUUUGAUAUGCAUACCAUUUUGUAACACCGGGGGAAAUUUCAGAAUGUAGGGCCCUGAUGAGGCUUCCUUUGGGGCAUGGGGUUUCUGCCUCCUUUUUGAUAUUUUUUACUUUCACAUGUAACAUCUCCUUUUGAAAUUGUAUAUAAUGUCAUGUAGUUUGCUUGUGUCA